AUGGACCCUUCUCCAUCUGCCCAACCCGCCUCCGAGAGCGAAGACGACAACCCCGCCCUGACGGCAGCCGCCCUGCUGGCCGCAGGGACGCAGUCGCGGAUGCGGCGACGACCGGCGCAGCGCGAGUCGGUGGUGGGGAGAGAGAGACCGGAGGAGCACGGAGGCGUGCUGCCGAACCCGCUGCCGCUGCCACUGGCGGCUUCAGCGUCAGCGUCAUCGACACCCUCACCAGUGGCGCGGACAAAUGGGUGUGGGGCACGUGUCCACGCGUCCGCCCACCCUGCGCGGGCAGGCGGGCGGUGGGUGGCCCCGCCAGAGGGCGCAAGUGGGGUCGUCGUCCCGCUGGAGACCACGUAUUUCGCCCCAGAUGAGGCACGGAUGCUGGAGUUGGCACGGGCUGCCGGGUGUGGAUGUGCAGCCCAUGGUGUCGGGUGUGCUGUCUGUGGAAAUGCGCUGGGGGCGCUGUUCACGCCCUGCAGGACGCAUACGGCGCGCAGCAGCGGGUCGUUGCGCCGACAACAGCAUUAUGUCUUCCUUCCGGGCCAUGUCAGUCCCGCGAUUCAUGAUGCUCUCACCGGUUAUCGACACAGGCACCCACAACGACACCCACCACCGCCGCAGCAGACGCUACGCCCCGCCCGCCCGCAGCCACGCUGCCCCCCAUUCAUGACCCUCCCCAUUCGCAACACCCGCCCCACGGAUUCACCACCCAGCUGGAAUCCAACACCGAGCUGGGACACGGACGGGCCCGUCGGACCAUUCCCCGUGAUCGAGCCGCCGACGGCGAUUGAGAUGUUCGCAAUGGAGGUCGAUGCGGAAGCGCGGAGGGAGACGGAAAGACUGCAGGCAGAAGCGGGGGACCCGCCCCCUUUGGAGGAUGUCGACGACACGGGCCUUGCCAUAUUCACGACCACGUACCCCGGCGGGCCCUCCGCCGCAGAAGCAGAAGCGCGGACAAACGAGGACGAAGGAGACAUUAUAGUGACAGCACCAGCGCCGUUCCAGGCGCGGUAUCGCGCGGCGGAUGGCGAUGACGAGCUUGGCACAAGCCGCGGGGCAGCCGAAGAAGAGGCCCGAAUGGGGAUGGCGGACAGCCAGUUGAACGACUCGGAGGCGGCGGGGAAUGAAAGCGGGGAGGACGAUACGAUGAACGCCAACCUCAGUUUGGUAGCUGCGGCCGGCGCGUUUCGGAACGCCGAGCUUUCGACGGUUACUGGUCCAGACGAGGACGAGGACGACGAAGAGGGAGAGGAGAGGCAGGCCGUGGCGGGUCUGGGCCCGGCGGUCCCGCUCCCACCGGUGCCGCAAGGCCUAGCCCCGGCCGCGACAGAGAAUUUUGCAGAGAGUCCUGUGUCGACCGCAGGACCGCCGGUCCACGGCCCGGAUCCCGCGGUGAUCCCUGGGUCCCGCGAGGAAGCACGGUACGAGUUGGAGCGCGCCAUGGAGGACAUGCACGCGCAGCUGGACCGCAUGGAGGCCACAGGGCUCGCAGGGCUUGCGCGGGUGCAGCCGUCGUCGCACGCGGAGGGGCGAUCACCGCCGACGCAGACAAGCGACAAUGUGGACGAGAUAGUCGAUAUGCAGCGCACGGCGGUGGACUUGGGCACGCCGGUCCCGACGGCGACGACAACGGACGACAGCUUGCCAGUCUCGUGGGAUCGCGCGAUGGAGGCCAUGCACGCGUCGCUGGGCCGCAUGGAGGCCGCGGCGGAGGAGGCGCGGGCGCUGGUCCGGACGCCGGCCCAAACACAACCACCGACGACCGACAACGGGGCGCCGGCUCCCGGCCCGGUCCCGGUCCCGACGGCCACAGUAGCGGACAACCGCGUGCACGACAUGAUCGCCGCGUUGGGCAGAGCAUUGAACGACCCCGCUGCCGGCCCGCUCCCGAUAGCCGAGCUGCAAAGCAUAUUGGAUAUCGCGCGCACGCCGCCACCGGUUCCGACGCCAGCGGAAGACCGCCGCCGCCAGGCCCUUGAGGACCGCCGGGCGCUGAUCGGCCGGACGCUCGCGGAGCAGAACCGGACGAACCGCGGGCUGCCAGUGCCCGGGCCGGCCGCGCCGAUCGUGCGCCACGCGGUGGGGACGGCGGAGCAGCGGCUGGCGGCGGCGCGGCGCAAUGCGGAGGCGGAGGCGCAGCGCCACCGGGAGCGGAUCGCGGCGAUGAGCGAGGCGGAACGGACCGCGGUGGCGAGGGAGAGGGCGCGGAUCGAGCGGGUGGCGGCGGAGCGCGCGGCGGUGGCGAGGAGGAUCGCGGAGCGGGUUGCGGGGAGGAACACCGAUGCUGAUGAGGGCGAGAUGGCGCCGUGGUAUUCCCCUGCACCUGGGGCUGACAAUGGUCAGACGCUGGGCCCGAUGGUCGGCGGUAGGUCCAUAUUAAAUGAGCCACGCGUGACCAGUCCGCGGCCGACGCCCCCGCGGGCCGCCGGCGAGGCGUGGCGGCUGGUGUCCCAGAUGCGUGCGGGCGAGCCGACGGGGCUGCCGGAGGCGGCCACGGCGCGCGCGGGGGUCGUCCAGCGCAGGCGGGCGAACAACAACGCGGGCCGAACCGCGCCGCCGCCGGUCGUCCCUGAGCCGCUCCCGACCGGGAGCCCGGGCCGCGGCUUCCCCAGCGAGCAGGAGCAGGACAGCUGGCUGGCCGCGCUGGCGCGGGCGGCGGGGACGACGGUGCCCGAUCUGGCCACCACGACCAAUGCGGAUGUGGCCGCGACCAACAUGAACGCCCCUGCGGCGUCGACAUCGACCGCGCCUGCGGCAGCCGAUGACGCCCUGGACUUGGCCGGUGUGCGCGUGCGUGAGGCGCGUGCACGGGUCGAGGCGCGGCAGGGGCUGCGGCGGGAGAUGCGGCGUCUGGAGGUGGAGCGGGACGGCGCGCAGGCUGAUAAUGUCGCGGCGCUGCUUGCGGCAGACGAGCGCGAGUGGGCGCGGAGGACGGCGCUGGUGGAGGCCGAGUUCGCGGCUCAGCCGGACGAGGACCAGGAUGCACGUGCGCGUUCCGGCGGAAGCGGAAGCGGAAGCAGGAGUGGCGCGGGCACGCGGAGCCAUGUGCCGGGGUAUACACGCCUGCUCUUCGAGCGCUAG